AUGGACAUUAAGCCAUCGCUGGACGACCAUCAGCAAUAUACGCCUCGAACGAUUGAUUCAAGCAAAGCUACCACUCCUCAAGAUAUGUCGAGGCAGCAUUUCACACCCAAGAGGGGCUCUCCAACAUCUGGGAUGUUCAGUCUGGACGACUCACCCGUCCAAAGCAGUGCUGCAUCGAUUAGUGGCAGGUCAACCCGCAGCGCGCAAAGCAGUUUCAUCGAAGAACUCAAACACGAGAUUAUGGUCAACCAUCUCUAUCAACAGCAAUGCUCACACCUUUGGGUCAGCGACGGCUGCGGCGAAUGCGAAGGCGUCUUGGUACGCAAGUCCAGGGGCCAUUAUCUGGCAUGCCCGCCGGAACUCCUGGAUUCUCACUUCGCGCAAGUGUGCAUACAACUCAAUGUGCCGGUGGCCAUGACCGUCAACUCGAGGGUAGUCAAGACGUUUCUCGCUUGGGCGCCCGAUGCCACGGAUGUGCCUCUGAUGAACGGGUUGCGAGUCCAGAUUCUGCCCACGCUCGGCCACCUUCCUCGAGCCCGGAAACACCAGUUUGCCGCCUUCAUCGCGUCCGAAUCCCUCCUUGUUGUGUGGGACGACGAUCCAUCCAACGUCGUGAAAAGGGCAAUCACCAUCGAGGCCCAGUUAAUGGAACUCGUCUGGCAUAGCGGCGAGGCGGGAGACGACGAUGAAGUACCAAAUGAGAAAGAAGGCGGCUCCCAAUGCACGAUAGAUGCCGAAUCGGGAGAGGUUGUCGCAGAGGGCCGUGCCACCAACCUGAUGAACACCGUUCUGGUUGCGUUCACCUUGAUCAUUGUCGUCGUUCUACUGGGCUUGGCCUGCCGCUCCUUAGCCACGGAGAUUGCUGUUGACGGUGCAUAUGGUCGAUUGGCCUUCCUCUUGUUGCUACCGGUGCAAAUCUUCUUCACACUGUUCUUUGCCCAGGUCAUCGUCGGAUGCAUAUCACAAUGCAUCGGCCCUGUGCGACAAAUGCAGUUGAACUCGAAAUACUUUUCGGCCAAAUGCUCGCCUCGGCUACGGACGAGCGAGCUGCCUCAUGUAACGGUCCAAUGCCCCGUGUACAAAGAGGGCCUGCAGUCAGUCAUUGCGCCGACCGUCAGAUCGAUCAAGCAAGCGAUUUCGACGUACGAGUUACAAGGCGGAACGGCCAACAUGUUGAUCAACGACGACGGGCUGCAGAUCCUGGAGGAAGACGAGCGACGAGCGCGCAUCGAGUUCUACCAGGACCACAACAUCGGGUGGACGGCGCGACCGAAGCACAACAGCGACGGGUUCGUGCGGCGCGGCAAGUUCAAGAAGGCGUCCAACAUGAACUACGGGCUCAUGCUGUCGUGCAAAGUAGAGGACAAACUACGACAAAUCCACCGCGGCUCGACCUGGGGCGCGAGCGACGAAACGCAAGCCUACGAGACAUGUCUACAAGAAGUGCUGUCCGAGACGCCCCGGGCCUGGGCCGACGGCAACAUCCGGAUCGGCGACUACAUCCUGUUGAUUGACAGCGACACGCGCGUGCCGGCGGACUGUCUGCUCGACGCGGUGAGCGAGAUGGAGCAGUCGCCCAGCGUGGGGAUCAUGCAGUUCGCGUCCGGGGUGAUGCAGGUGGUGCACACGUUCUUCGAGAACGGAAUCACGUUCUUCACGAACCUGAUCUACACGGCGAUCGAGUACACGGUGGCCAACGGCGACGUGGCGCCGUUUGUGGGCCACAACGCGAUCCUGCGCUGGAGCGCGAUCCAGCAGGUAUCGUACGUCGACUCGGACGGCUACGAGAAGUUCUGGUCCGAGGCGCACGUCAGCGAGGACUUCGACAUGUCGCUGCGCCUACAGUGCGACGGGUAUAUCAUCCGGCUAGCGGCGUGGGCGCACGGCGGCUUCAAAGAGGGCGUCAGCCUGACCGUGUACGACGAGCUGGCGCGCUGGGAGAAGUACGCGUACGGCUGCAACGAGCUGCUGUUCCACCCGAUGCGCAAGUGGCUGUACCGCGGCCCCUUUACCGAUCUGUUCCGUCGCUUUCUGUUCUCCAACAUCCGCUUCACCUCCAAGAUCACCAUCGUCAGCUACAUCGGCACCUACUACGCCAUCGGCGCCGCCUGGAUCCUGACCCUGGCCAACUACUUCGCCGUCGGCUGGUUCAAUGGCUACCUCGACAGAUACUACAUCGACAGCUGGAAGGUGUGGUUCAGCAUUGUCACUGUCUUCAACGGGCUCGGCAACAUCGCCCUGGCCGUCAUGCGCUAUCGCAUCGGCCAGAAAUCCUUCGUCGCUGCCCUGCUGGAGAACUUCAAGUGGAUUCUCAUGCUGUCGAUUUUUCUCGGCGGCCUGUCGCUGCAUGUCUCGCAGGCUCUGCUGGCCCAUAUGUUCGAGGUCGACAUGUCCUGGGGCGCGACCAGUAAGGAGGCCGAGUUUUCCAAUUUCUUCAUCGAGGUUCCAAAGGUCAUUCGCAAGUUCAAGUUCUGUAUCACUUUUGCCGUCGUCGCUAUUGUCGUCAUGGUCGUCCUGGCCACGAAUCCCGGUGGCUGGAUUCCCUUCGAUUGGCUCAUUGGCGAUUUCAUCGCUAUCUUGCCCAUGAGUACCGUCACCGCGAGUCAUUUGUUGUUGCCCAUUGUCUUGAACCCGGCGCUGAUGGGUUUUUCUUGGUAA